GAUUAUGUGUGGAUGGACCUCAAAACCGGCCGGGAAUUCGAUGUCCCCAUUGGAGCGGUGGUUAAACUGUGUGACUCUGGACAGAUCCAAGUUGUGGAUGAUGAAGGCAACGAGCACUGGAUUUCCCCGCAGAAUGCCAGCCACAUCAAACCCAUGCACCCCACCUCCAUUCAUGGUGUGGAGGACAUGAUCCGGCUGGGGGACCUGAAUGAGGCAGGAAUCCUUAGGAAUCUGCUGAUCCGCUACCGAGAGCAUCUCAUCUACACAUACACUGGUUCAAUACUGGUGGCAGUAAACCCCUACCAGCUUCUACCCAUCUAUUCACCGGAGCAGAUACGCCUAUACACCAACAAAAAGAUUGGGGAGAUGCCACCACACAUCUUUGCAAUCGCUGACAACUGCUACUUCAACAUGCAGCGCAACAACAAGGAUCAGUGUUGUAUCAUAAGUGGUGAAUCCGGGGCAGGGAAAACAGAAAGCACAAAACUGAUUCUUCAGUUCCUGGCAGCGAUCAGUGGUCAGCACUCCUGGAUUGAGCAGCAGGUCCUGGAGGCAAAUCCCAUCUUGGAAGCUUUUGGGAACGCAAAGACAAUCCGUAAUGACAACUCCAGCCGAUUUGGGAAGUACAUUGACAUCCACUUCAACAAAAGGGGAGCCAUCGAGGGGGCCAAGAUUGAACAGUACCUGCUGGAGAAGUCCCGGGUCUGCAGACAGGCCCAGGACGAGAGAAAUUACCACGUGUUCUACUGCAUGCUGAGAGGAAUGACAAUGGAGCAGAAGAAGAAGCUGGGUCUUGGGAAAGCCACCGACUACAACUACCUUGCUAUGGGUAACUGCACAACCUGUGAUGGCAGAGAUGACAGCAAGGAGUACGCCAACAUCCGCUCUGCCAUGAAGGUCCUUAUGUUCACCGACACGGAGAACUGGGAGAUCUCUAAGCUGCUGGCUGCCAUCCUCCACAUGGGGAACCUACAGUAUGAAGCUCGGACCUAUGACAACCUGGAUGCUUGCGAGGUUGUGCAGUCAGCGUCACUGAUCACUGCGGCAUCGUUGCUGGAGGUUGACCCUCAGGAUGUGAUGAACUGCCUCACCAGCCGAACUAUAAUCACCAGGGGUGAGACCGUCUCCACCCCUCUCAGCAUGGAACAAGCACUGGAUGUGAGGGACGCUUUUGUAAAGGGAAUUUAUGGGCGGCUCUUUGUGUGGAUCGUGGAGAAGAUCAACGCUGCAAUUUACAGACCUCCUUCCCAGGAACUCAAAAGUGUUAGAAGAUCCAUUGGCCUCCUUGACAUCUUUGGCUUUGAGAACUUCACUGUGAACAGUUUUGAGCAGCUGUGCAUCAACUUUGCAAAUGAAAACCUGCAGCAGUUCUUUGUGCGACACGUUUUCAAGCUGGAGCAGGAGGAGUACAACCUGGAGAACAUCAACUGGCAGCACAUUGAGUUCACUGAUAACCAGGAUGCCUUGGACAUGAUUGCCAUCAAACCCAUGAACAUCAUCUCACUCAUUGAUGAGGAGAGCAAGUUCCCCAAGGGUACAGAUGCCACGAUGUUACACAAGCUGAACUCCCAGCACAAGCUGAACACCAACUACAUACCUCCAAAGAAUAACUAUGAAACCCAGUUUGGCAUUAAUCAUUUUGCUGGAAUUGUUUACUACGAAACAAAAGGUUUCUUGGAGAAAAACAGGGACACGCUGCAUGGAGACAUCAUUCAGCUGGUGCAUUCGUCAAAAAACAAAUUCAUCAAACAGAUUUUCCAAGCAGAUGUAGCGAUGGGAGCGGAGACGAGGAAGCGCUCGCCGACUCUCAGCAGUCAGUUCAAGCGGUCCCUGGAGCUGUUGAUGAGGACUCUCAGCGUCUGCCAGCCCUUUUUUGUCCGCUGCAUCAAGCCCAAUGAGUACAAGAAGCCCAUGCUGUUUGACCGGGAGCUGUGCGUCCGUCAGCUGAGGUACUCAGGGAUGAUGGAGACCAUUCGGAUCCGCCGGGCUGGCUACCCCAUCCGUUACACGUUUGUGGAGUUUGUGGACCGAUACCGGGUGCUCAUGCCUGGGGUGAAGCCAGCAUACAAGCAGGGUGACCUGCGUGGGACGUGCCAGCGCAUUGCUGAAGCGGUGCUCGGAAAGGAUGAUGACUGGCAGAUUGGCAAGACAAAGAUAUUCCUGAAGGACCACCAUGAUAUGCUGCUGGAGAUUGAGAGGGACAAGGCCAUCACAGACAAAGUCAUCCUCAUCCAGAAGGUUGUGCGUGGGUUCAAGGACAGGUCCAAUUUCCUGAAAGUGAGAAAUUCAGUCCUGAUCAUUCAGAGAUACUGGCGUGGACAUAACUGCAGGAAGAACUACGGUGCUAUGCGUAUUGGCUUCCUGAGACUCCAGGCCCUCUACCGAUCCCGCAAACUCCACAAGCAGUACCACAUGGCUCGCCGGCGCAUCAUCGAGUUUCAGGCCCGCUGCCGGGGCUACCUGGUCCGCAGGGCUUUCCGUCACCGCCUCUGGGCUGUCCUCACCGUGCAGGCGUACGCGCGGGGCAUGAUAGCACGGAGGCUGUACAAGCGCCUCCGAGGAGAGUAUCAUCGGCGCCUGGAAGCAGAGAAACUUCGGCUGGCGGAAGAGGAACGGCUCCGAAAGGAGAUGAGUGCCAAGAAAGCCAAAGAGGAAGCAGAAAAGAAACACCAAGUACGUCUGGCCCAGCUGGCCCGCGAAGAUGCGGAGAGAGAAGUAAAGGAAAAGGAGGAAGCACGUCGGAAGAAAGAGCUUUUGGAAAAAAUGGAAAGAGCUCGAAACGAGCCAGUGAAUGACUCUGAAAUGGUGGACAAAAUGUUUGGAUUCCUAGGGACGACCUCCUCCCUGCCAGGCCAGGAAGGGCAGGCACCCAAUGGCUUUGAGGAUCUUGAGCGAGCCCAGAAGGAACUGGAGGAAGAGGACCUUGAUGCUGCAUUGCCUCUCCCCGAGGAAGAGGAGGAAGAUCUCUCAGAGUACAAAUUUGCCAAGUUUGCCGCCACAUAUUUCCAGGGCACGACAACACACACCUACAUUCGCCGGCCUCUCAAGCAGCCUCUCUUGUACCACGAAGAUGAAGGAGACCAGUUGGCAGCACUUGCUGUGUGGAUCACCAUCCUCCGUUUCAUGGGAGACCUCCCUGAGCCAAAAUAUCAUACGGCCAUGAGUGAUGGUGGUGAGAAGAUACCAGUGAUGACAAAAAUCUAUGAAACUCUUGGGAAGAAGACUUAUAAGAAAGAACUGCAGGCUCUGCAGGGAGAAGGAGAGAGUACUCACAUUGACGGGCACAAGAAGAACAGUGUGCGGCACAAACUGGUCUCCUUAACACUCAAGAAGAAAUCCAAACUGACGGAGGAGGUGACAAAGCGACUUCAUGACGGGGAGUCAACACUCCAAGGUAAUAGCAUGCUUGAAGACCGGCCCACCUCCAACCUGGAGAAGCUCCAUUUCAUUAUUGGUAAUGGCAUCCUCAGGCCAGCAUUAAGGGAUGAAAUCUAUUGUCAAAUCUGCAAGCAACUGACUCAGAACCCAUCCAAAAGCAGCCAUGCCAGGGGCUGGAUCCUGAUGUCCCUCUGCGUGGGGUGUUUUGCACCUUCUGAGAAGUUUGUGAAGUAUUUAAGGAACUUUAUCAAUGGAGGCCCUCCUGGUUAUGCUCCCUAUUGUGAAGAGAGGCUGCGGCGGACGUUUGCCAAUGGGACAAGGACGCAGCCACCCAGCUGGCUGGAACUGCAGGCAACCAAGUCCAAGAAACCGAUCAUGCUGCCUGUCACAUUUAUGGAUGGGACAACAAAAACACUGCUGACAGAUUCUGCGACCACUGCUAAAGAGCUCUGUAAUUCAUUGGCUGACAAAAUCAGCCUGAAGGACCGAUUUGGCUUUUCACUUUACAUCGCACUUUUUGACAAGGUUUCUUCCCUGGGGAGUGGCAAUGACCAUGUGAUGGAUGCUGUGUCCCAGUGUGAGCAGUACGCCAAGGAGCAAGGAGCACAGGAGCGCAACGCGCCGUGGCGGCUCUUCUUCAGGAAGGAGAUCUUCACUCCUUGGCACAAUCCAAGUGAGGACAAUGUGGCCACCAAUCUCAUUUACCAACAGAUUGUCCGAGGGGUGAAGUUUGGGGAGUACCGGUGUGACAAGGAAGAAGAUCUGGCAGAACUGGCUUCCCAGCAGUACUAUGUGGACUAUGGGUCAGAAAUGGUACUGGAAAGGCUGCUAAAUCUAAUUCCAUCCUACAUCCCAGACAGAGAGAUCACUGCAUCGAAAACAGUGGAGAAAUGGGCUCAGCUCAUUAUAGCUGCACAUAAAAAGGGAAUUUAUACUCAGAAGAGAACAGACCCAAAAAAAGUCAAGGAAGAGGUGGUGGAUUUUGCACGUUUCAAGUGGCCUUUGCUGUUUUCUCGGUUUUAUGAAGCCUUCAAAUUCUCAGGGCCAAGCCUACCUAAAAAUGAUGUGAUUGUGGCUGUCAACUGGACAGGGGUGUACUUUGUAGAUGAACAGGAGCAGGUUCUCUUGGAGCUCUCUUUUCCAGAGAUCACAGCUGUGUCAAGCAGCAGAGGGGGAAAGCUGCAAGGGCAGAGUUUCACCUUGGCCACCAUUAAAGCAGAUGAAUACACUUUCACCUCCAACAAUGCAGAGGAUAUCCGGGACCUGGUAGUGACCUUCCUGGAGGGACUAAGAAAAAGAUCCAAGUAUGUGGUCACUCUCCAAGACAACCCAAACCCUGUGGGAGAAGAAUCUGGAUUCCUCAGUUUCCUCAAAGGAGAUCUCAUAGUUCUUGACCAAGACACAGGAGAACAUGUGAUGAAUUCAGGGUGGGCGAAUGGAUUUAAUGAACGGACCAAGCAGAAAGGGGAUUUCCCAACAGAUUCUGUCUAUGUCUUGCCUACUGUCACCAUGCCUCCCCUGGAGAUUGUGGCACUGGUCACGAUGACCCCUGACCAACGACAAGAUGUUAUCAGAACCUCCCAGAUGGCAAUUUCAGACAGUGAAGAGAGGGUGAAGCCAUACACCUUGGAGGAAUUUUCCUAUGAUUAUUUCAGGCCUCCCCCUAAGCACACCCUGAGCAGAGUUAUGAUCACCAAGAGCCGUGGGAAGGACAAACUGUGGUGUUACACCCGGGAGCCCAUCAAACAGCCCUUGCUGAAGAAGAUCCUGGGUAGUGAGGAGCUGUCCCAAGAAGCUUGCAUGGCCUUCAUUGCAGUGCUAAAGUAUAUGGGUGACUACCCAUCCAAAAGGACCCGCUCAGUCAAUGAGCUGACAGACCAAAUAUUUGAAGGUGCCUUGAAAGCCGAGCCUCUGAAGGAUGAAAUCUACUGCCAGACCCUGAAGCAGCUCACUGACAACCACAUCAAGUACAGUGAAGAGAAAGGCUGGGAGCUGUUGUGGUUGUGUACAGGCCUUUUCCCUCCAAGUAACAUCCUCUUACCCCAUGUCCAGAGGUUUCUUCAGUCCCGGAAACAUCACCCACUGGCAGCAGACUGCAUCCAGAGACUGCAGAAAGCCCUAAGGAAUGGAUCCAGAAAGUACCCUCCCCAUCUUGUAGAAGUGGAAGCCAUUCAACACAAAACCACCCAAAUUUUCCACAAGGUUUACUUUCCUGAUGACACUGAUGAGGCAUUCGAGGUGGAGUCCAGCACAAAAGCAAAGGAUUUCUGCCAGAACAUCUCCAACAGGCUGCUCCUAAAGUCUUCUGAAGGCUUCAGCCUCUUUGUCAAGAUCUCCGACAAGGUCAUAAGUGUACCUGAAGGAGAUUUCUUCUUUGACUUUGUGAGACACCUGACGGACUGGAUAAAGAAAGCAAGACCAGCAAAAGAUGGUAUAGUGCCUUCCCUCACCUACCAAGUGUUCUUCAUGAAAAAGCUGUGGACCAACACAACGCCUGGAAAGGAUUCAAUGGCAGAUUCAAUCUUCCACUAUUACCAGGAGUUACCAAAGUAUCUACGUGGCUACCACAAGUGUUCACGGGAAGAGGUCCUGCAGCUGGCAGCUCUCAUCUAUCGGGUGAAGUUUGAGGAUGACAAGUCCUAUUUCCCCAGCAUCCCCAAGCUCCUGAAGGAGCUGGUGCCUCAGGACCUUGUCCGGCAGCUCUCUCCAGAUGACUGGAAACGGUCCAUUGUGGCAUACUACAAUAAGCAUGCAGGCAAAACAAGAGAAGAAGCCAAGCUUGCCUUCCUAAAGAUUAUCUUCAAGUGGCCUACGUUUGGAUCAGCAUUCUUUGAAGUGAAGCAAACUACAGAGCCAAAUUACCCAGAAAUCCUUCUAAUUGCCAUCAAUAAACAUGGAGUCAGCCUCAUCGAUCCCAAAACCAAGGAUAUUCUCAUCACUCACCCUUUCACCAAGAUCUCCAACUGGAGCAGUGGCAACACGUACUUCCAUAUAACAAUUGGCAACCUGGUGAGGGGAAGCAAGCUGCUCUGCGAGACAUCCCUGGGCUACAAGAUGGAUGAUCUUCUGACCUCAUACAUCAGCCAGAUGCUAACAGCCAUGAGCAAACAGAGGAGUGCAAAGGGUAGCAAGUGAACUCCAAGAAGUCACUGGCAGGCGGCCAUGGGGCUAAUUCACCAGCUGAGGGCUGUGGGAUACCCAUGCAGCUGGGGGAGAACCUUUGCCUCCCAGAUGUGGAAGAUGAGCCGAACACCAUCAGGAAGUUCGCUGGACUCUGACCUUGACGGCUCCAAUCCCACCACCCCUUCCAGUGAAGAUGACUAUCUCUGAUCACCCAUCCUCCCUCCCCAUCCUGACUACACCCAAACCUCAAAGAAUUCCAGAGGACAACACUGCUCUCAGACAAUGACUUGAGCAAAGAGACUCUGGCAGGAGGUUUGCCUGAACCCAAUGGCUGGCAUCACAAAGGCUCUGGGAGGAGGAUUUGUGUGUGUGCGUGUGUGUGUGACUUGGUUUGGUUUGGUUUGGUUUGUGGUGUUUUUGUUUUUUUUUUUUUGUAAGUGACAAGAGAACAAUUGGGAUGCUAAAGCCUUUUGGUGAGCUUAUGGACAUUUUAGGUUUGAAGAUGAGUAGUGGAGACCCAAUCCAUCCUGGAAAGGUGUCCAAUGAACACUGCAGGGCUUGUUUUUUUGACGUUAAAGAAGAAUACGCUGUGUUCUCAAGGACAGAAAGAGAAAGCAGGCUGGGAGGAGCACAUUUUAACUAGGAAUCAGAAUAAAAAAACCACUGAUUGAACAUGUUAGAACAUUAAAGUGCUGUCUGUGCAAUGCUGGAAAUAUUUAACGAACAAAUUUUAAAGUUUUGUUUCUUCUUCUAUUUAUUUUUUAAAACAUUAAAAAGAAAGAAAUCUUGCAUUUCGUGCCGAUAUCUGGACAAUGCCUUGGGGCUGAGGGCAACCUGCAGGACAAUCCCUUGCCCAAGGAUUCCCCUGGAACCGUGAUUGCCAGUGACUAAGGCACAUCUUUCCCAGUUAAGGGCUCAGCUGGAAAUGAAGCAUGGAAGAUGAAUUACCUCCUUUUGCCUCGUGUCCAAAUUAACCCCGGGAGGAUCUUUUCUGCAAGCUUCAGUACAGAUGCAGAGGUUUUGGAGUUCCCAGUCUUAGAAGACUAUGGCCAAGCCCAUGUGCAGAAAGGGCUCUGACCUUAACAGGAACUUGUCCAUCAACACUGGAAACAGCUAAUGAUUAGCUAAUGAUUUUGUUGUGCUUUUGUGUGUGUUGCUGUAUAAAACGGCUCUCUACCAGUCCCAGCUGGAGCCUGAACCACUCGCAGAGAGGGCAGGCCCUUGAUCUCAGUGGGCUUUUCUCUAUCUUUGGUUGGCCAUACUCAUCUGCUGGCUGCUUGUCUCAUCUUCCACCCAGCAGCAUGCAGUGUAGAGCAGCUUCCACUGGACCAGAGAUGGGACUUGCCAGCAGAGGGGAGGCUAACCCACAUUGUGUCUGGGAGGAUGUGGGGGAAGGAGCAUGGAGUGCCUUUCCAAAAUCCAGGCUUCAGAGGAUCAAGUGCCUAGGCACAUAGUAUCAGGCGAUGUGAGAAGUGUCCACCAAGAUCUGAUGCUGUUGUCGCUAAUGCUGAGUGGCUCCCAGGAGGUGUGGGAGAACUCAGUCCAGUACACUGGGCUGAGCUCAGCUGCACUCAUAAAGUCCAUACUGCAUGGUACCAUGUGUUGUUGGAGCUCAGCUGGGCUCAGUUCCUCAACACCGUGGCAUUGCCUGUUGGACCACAAGGACCACAGCAUGAGGCUGGGAUGCAGCAGUGACACUGGACCUUGGUUUCUUCACCAAAGCAAACACAGUGCUGCAAGGAGACAGCCACCUGCUGGACAGAGCUGCCAUGAGAUCCCCUCCCUCCACCCUCUCCCUGCCUAUGGUACUUUGUUGAUGGGAUCAUGGUAACACCAGCUAAGGCUGCACUGGGAGCCUUGUUGUCUCCCCAACAACCAUCUCCAAUGCUCUUCCUCCCUCCCUAGCUGCCAUGAUCCAGCUGUCCCAGGGAUCCCACCCACCCCUAGACAUGCUUCCAUCAUCCUUACCACCACAGUCACAAUUUCCUUGAUCCAUCCUUGCCUCUCCCAACAAGCUCAGUAGAUGACGCAGCAUAGAAAUGUUUUCCAGUGUGUUUUCCCCACAGCCUCCCUUGUCCCCUCAUUCACAGCUCUGUUGGCCUCUCAUACACCCUACCAGUUUGAGGGUGCUGGGACUCUGUGUCUGUGUGCCUGUGUGUCAUACGUAUUAGCGUCUGCUGGCAUCUUUGUAUUCACACCAAGCAAUGUAACAUUGCAAAAACAUAUGUCCAAGUGAAAUACUCUAAUUAAAAGGCAUAAAGUGGCUUG